AUGAUUAGGUCCUUGAUAGAGAAUAAAGAAGUGGUUUAGGCGCCUAAUCUCUUUUAAUCCACGUCCAAUACUACCAAGUUUUUUAAAGUGAAAAGUGCUCUUAUAGAAGAAAAAGUCAUUAGAAAGAUCCAAUUCCUAGGAAGAUUAUUUUGUCCAUUUUAAAAACGCUUAAAAAUUAAACUAAAUCAUUAAGCAGAGGAUGGGAAAAAAACAAACCUCUUAUUGUUUGAAGUACUUCUUAGUAAAUGCUAUACUUAAAGGAUUAUGAAGCCCGUUCAUAGUCUUGGCGGUAUAGUAUAAGAAAAGAAACUACGAAUGACUGUAAGAGAUAAAGAAAAAUUAUUACUUACCGCAUUAAAAUUUAGUGCUGGUACUAUGUCACUAUAAUCCUACUGCGAUUCUCUCUCCAAAUAAAUAAUUUUAAUUUUAAAUAUAUAAAAAGUAUUUUUUAAACUUUAGAUAAGCCCUCCGAUGAUUUUAACAAAAGCCCUCCAUUAAUUUUUAGUUAAUUUUAAAAGCCCUCCAAAUUUUAAUUUAAAUAAAUAAUUUUGA